AUGUCUGUCUCAGCUUGUUGCCUGAAAGGAUUCGAAUGGGAGGGUACUCCUACAGGGAGAACCACAAAGCUCGCCAAGAACGACGCCUACAUAGUGGGGGACAACCCGGAUGUCGCCAUCAUCAUCAUCCAUGAUCUUCUGGGCUGGACCUUUCCAAAUGUACGCUUGUUAGCAGAUCACUAUGCCGGUGAGACCAACGCAACUGUCUACAUCCCCGAUUUCUUCGGCGGCGAAGUCUUGCCGUUCGAGCCGAUUCUCAGGGGCGAAACUCUACGGGAGAAGUACAAAAAAGUGGGCGUUGCGGGCUUCUGCUACGGAGGAUGGGCUGCUUUCCGCCUAGGCGCAAAGGAACAUCAGCCUCCGCUCGUUGACUGCGUCACGGUUGGGCAUCCGUCGCUUCUGACGAAGAAGGAUAUCGACGAGACUGCAGUUCCAGUGCAGAUACUCGCUCCGGAACACGAUCCGGUCUGCACCUCUGAGCUCAAGCGAUAUACGUUCGACAUGGUUUCCAGCCUCGGUGUCCCGUUUGAUUAUCAGCAUUACCCCGGGGUGGAGCAUGGCUGUUUGACCCGCGGUGACAGCAACAAGGCCGGGGACCGUGAGGCGAUGGCUCGAGGAAAGAACGCUGCUGUCAGCUGGUUUACACAAUGGCUGCAUCAAUCGUGA